CGCUGGCUCUAUAAAUAAAGCUUCACACAUAGAGAGUGUUGCAAUAGAGUGAAGGAAAGAGAAAUCAGAAGUGGAAAGAUGGAUUCUAUGGAAAGAGGAGGAUCAAAACCACACGUUGUGGUCACUCCCUUUCCAAUACAAAGCCAUUUGAACACCUUCUUGAAUUUAGCCAAGCUGCUUCAUUCAAGAGGCUUUCACAUAACGUAUGUUAACACCGAGUACAACCACAGACGCUUGCUCAACACGAGGGGUCCUCAAGCUCUGGAUGGCCUCCCAGAUUUUCGUUUUGAAACCAUUCCUGAUGGCCUUCCGUAUACUGAUUCUGAUGCCACCCAACAUCUGCCUUCUCUUGCUGAAUCUACUUCAAAGAAUUGCCUCAUCCCUUUUACAAAUCUUCUUAACAAGCUUCAAGAGUCUGCCUCUAAUGGCCUUGUGCCUCCUGUUACUUCCUUGGUUUCUGAUGCUGUCAUGGCAUUUACAGUUAAAGCUGCUCAAGAAUUUGGACUUCCUAUUGCUAUUUAUUGUCCUAUUAGUGCUAUCUCUUAUUUGGGUGUUUGGCAUGGUCGCACUCUUCUUGAUGAGGGUAUCAUUCCCUUGAAAGAUGAGAGUUAUCUAACGAAUGGAUACUUGGACACCAAACUGGAUUGGCUUGAAGGCAUGAAAAAUAUGAGAUUGAGGGAUCUUCCUAGCUAUUUCAGUUCACUAGAUCCAGAUGAUUACUUAAUGCUAAAAUUCUCUGUCAAUGAGUUACAAAAAGAAAAAUCGGCUGAUGCCAUCAUUUUCAACACAUUUAGUGAGUUGGAGAGUGAGGCACUGAGUACUCUUUCCUCGAUCUUCCCUCCAAUUUACACUAUAGGUCCUGUCCAUUUGGUUCUCAAUCAAAUUCAACAUAACCAUGUCUUAGACUCCAUUGGCUCCAAUCUUUGGAAAGAGGACGCUCAUUGCAUCGAAUGGCUAGAAUCCCAGAAACCUAAAUCUGUAGUUUAUGUGAAUUUUGGAAGUGUUACGGUCAUGUCUGCAGAACAACUGCAUGAGUUUGCUUGGGGUUUAGCCAACAGCAAGAAACCCUUCUUGUGGAUCAUAAGGCCUGAUCUUGUGGAUGGUGGUUCAAUGAUUCUAUCUCCUGAGUUUCUAAGUGAGACCAAAGAAAGAAGUUUCAUAGCAAGCUGGUGUGAACAACAAAAAGUUCUCAACCAUCCUUCAAUUGGAGGGUUUUUAACACACUGUGGAUGGAACUCUAUAAUAGAGAGUAUAUGUUCUGGUGUUUCAAUGGCUUGUUGGCCUUUUUAUGGAGACCAGCAAACUAAUUGUCGGUAUGCUUGCACAGAGUGGGGGAUUGGGGUUGAGAUUGAUAAUAACGUGAAGAGGGAAGUUGUGGAGAGGCUUGUUAAUGAAUUGAUAGAAGGAGAUAAAGGGAAGGAGAUGAGACAGAAGGUCUUAGAGUGGCAGAAAAUUUCAAAGGAGGCCACUGGAUGUGGUGGUUCUUCUUGCAUCAGCAUGGACAAACUGAUUAAUCAAGUGCUCAUAAAAAGAAAUUGAUGUAAUUCGUCAUGGAAGUCCUAUGUAUUGUUUAGUGUGUUUGGUUACUUAUAUUUAUUUUCAAUUUCUUAUGUAGGAAAAUUUUAAUUUUUGGCCCCUAAACUAUGUUGUUGAAUGAAUGAAGUGAACUUUGCAUAUGAAAAGGGUCUUGUAGGGCCAAAGGGAAGAGUGGAUAUAACGUGGAAUUUUCUUCUUUCUCCCUCUUUCAUGGCGGCACCACAGGUUUGAAUAUUUAAAUAAAAGUGGUGUACAAAAGCAUUUGACAUUGCUGAAA